GGUUUUGUGAAUACGCAACUUAUUUAUUAUUUCUUUAAAAGAAAGUAAAGUUGUUACAGAUGCUAUUGUUUGAUAAUGGAUAAGGUACAUUUGUUGUGGAUUUUUUUUUAUUUACUUCCACAUUGUUUUGCUUUCCUUGACCCGAUAUCGAUGGGGGUGGUCGUCGGGACGGCUGCGACGUCAGCCCUGGUAAUGGUAGCUGAGUUAUCUGGUUUAUCUUCGUUUCGAUGCAAAACCAACCUCAUGGAAUGUUGUGAUAAACAUAAUAUUAAACCGAACAUGACAGGGUUGCAACAUGAUCUUCGAACCAAACUAUACGGCCAACAUUUAGUUGAAAAAACUGUGUAUCGCGCAGUGAAACAUCACCUCGCCAACCCUAACCCAUCGAAAGCUCUUGUGAUGUCAUUUCAUGGUUGGACGGGCAGUGGCAAGAAUUACGUCGCACAAAUGAUCGUUAAGAAUUUGUACAGGAAGAAUUUAGAAAGUUCAUUCGUUCACGUUUUCAACGCUGAGGUCGAUUUUAAACAUCAGCAGAAUGUUGGGGUUUAUAAAGACCAACUUCAAUCAUGGCUGCAUGGAAACGUUAGUAAGUGUGGAAGGUCCAUAUUUAUAUUUGACGAGAUAGAUCACAUGCCAGUGGGGUUGGUGGAUGCAUUGAAACCAUAUAUGAGCAACGAACCAGUGGUACACGGGGUGGAUUAUCGAAAAACUAUUUUCAUUUUCCUCAGCAAUACUGGGGGUCAAGAAAUCAACAAGAAAUGUUACGAGACGUGGCAGCUGGGGAACUCACGAAGUGGUAUCAAGUUAUCGGACAUGGAGGAGAUGCUUGAACAAGUUGCGUUCAAUGAGAAGAGUGGAUUGAAGAAUAGUGGUGUGGUAGAGAGGAAUCUCAUUGACCAUUUCGUCCCGUUCUUCCCGUUGGAGCGCGAGCAUGUGGAAAGUUGUGUGAAGGAUGAAGUUCGAAGACUCAAUGCAAGAAAGUUAACACCGAGUGAAAUGCAAGAAAUAAUGGAUGAAUUACAAUGGAUGCCAAAGACUGUGCGGCUCUAUUCUAAAUCGGGCUGUAAAAAGAUCGCUCAAAAAGUUGGGCUUGUAGUUCUAGAUUAAUCAUUGUGUCUUCAAUCAUAAAUGUUGUUCCAUUAAUCGUGCUGUAUAAUGUAGUUACUAAUAUUGUGUGCUUUGUAUAG